AUGUAUCGCACUCAUAUUGUUUCCAAGUUAAGAAACAAUUAUAACUUCAUCACCCCGGAACAGUUUGACCAGUUGUUUGAAUUGAAAGACGUUGACGCCACAACCAUCGUUCCGGGGUUUGAAUACGCCAAGAAAUGCGUAUUAACCACCCCCUUUGCGAUCCAACCACAUUUUAUGCCAACGGAAACUGAAACCCAAUGCGAGAACGAUGAUUCUGAUGAAUCACCUAUAGCUAAAACCACCAUCACCACAACCACCACAACCAAGUUGGCUGACAGUGUCACCACCUCUGUCACCACUGCUGCUGCUUCCCCUGUUCCCACCACUAAAACUGCCGCCGCCACUGAUUGUACUGUUUCCAGGACUGAUUUGAAUGCUGACUCCAAUGGUUCAAGUUUGAAUGGUUCCCAAAAACGAAUUGAAGAGAGUAAAUUUGGGAAAAACGCUUCUGAAACGACCAAAAUUGGAGAAAUUGAAGAUAAUAAGGUCAUCCACACCUGCUGCCAGUACGAAAUGAAUUUAGAUGAUGACGUGACGGUGUUAACAUUGGAUGAGAAAGGAAUCUUGGAAUUUCCAUUGGAGAACGUUUGUCGCGACAAGGUGAAGGUUCUUUAUCGCGGUCAUUUGUACGAUGUUUAUUUAGACCGCGAAAACUUGGAAAACGUGGAAAGACGUUGCAAGGGACACUAUUGUUUGGAUAGCAGCAGCCGUCGAUUUUUGAAGCAGGAACUACAAAGUUUAAGGCGUUAUUUGGAACUGACUGACUCCUCUACUGGUCCUGAGAAUGCUAAUGAUGCUGAUCAAGAGAGUAAAGAGGAACGCCGAAACAGACGUGCGAGAUGGAGGAAAAGUCAUGAACAGAGUUCUCAAAAAGUGACCCAUAGUAGUCUUCAGAAUGCCCGUGAAGCUGUUGAAUUGAACAAAAGCACUAUAGAGAAGAGAGAUCAGGAAGAAAAUAAGCCUGUUUCAAGUGCCAUUGUUCCUAAUGCUGCCAACGAAAGUCAUCAAGAUGCACGUGAACUGGAUUAUGGUAUUGCAGAUGAUGAGAAUAUAUCUGCAUUUGUUGGUAGUGACAGUAAUGUACCAUUGGGGAUUGAUCCAGUUGAUGGACAAAUGUUUGAUGACCAGGGAUUCAUUCCGCUUGAGAAGAAAGAGAACAAGUUCAAGAGAAUCAUGAAAGCAAUUGGCAAGCCUUUCAAAAAGACUGGAAAAGGUUUGAAAAAUGACUUCAAGAAAAAUACUUCUGGCAAUUCUGAUGGUGGUGUGGACCAUGACAUUGCAAGAGAAGACACAGAAGAUGCCAAUGCUGCUGUUGAAGUACUUUUCAACGUCUAUGCAGAUGCAUACACUUCGAACAAUACUGAUCCAGUGUACGAAGCUGAGGCUGAGGCCAGUGCCAACUUUGGUAGUACUGAUUUGGAAAAUGGCGAACUUGUUCCUGAAACUGCUGUCUGCAAUGCUGUCAAGAAGCAUCAUCAAAAUAAAAGCGACACUGUUCAUGCCAUCGUGUAUGAUAAUGUUAGGUCUUCCUUUGUUGCUGGCGAUGCCAAUGUCUUUGAAGAGAUAGCUUUAAAUGAUGGACAACCUUCCAAUGAUCAAGGAUUCACAUCCAUGGAGAAGAAGGGAAGUAAGUUUAAAAGAAUGAUUAAAGCAGUUGGUAAGCCGUUUAGUAAAAUAGGCUCCAAGAGAAGAGCUUCUGGCAAUGUUCACGAUGGUGAUGGUUGCAAGACCGUCAAAGAAGUUGAAGCUGGACUACAGGAGCAUAGAUGCAUGAGCAAUGGGAAGAAGGGACUUGAGAAAUUCCUCCCUUGGAAGAAGCGACCUCAACCGCCUCCCGAAGAACUGAUAAUUUUGGAAGACAUCAUUAGAGCGGCACUUGAUGAUGGGACACCCAUUAGGAAUCGGAAUCCUGGUGCUGAUGAUGCGGGCGAUGUUUGCCAAGCGGCAAGUGAAGUGGCGUAUGCUGAUGAUGAGGACCACGGAAGUACUUUGUACGCUGAUGUUGCCAGUGCAAAUGUUGGUAAUUUUGCUGCUGACCGUGUUGAAACUGCAGGUGAAGUGGCCACAGGCGGCACAUACGACGUUGAAGAAGUUGCCGAUGUUUACAGAAACACAGUGGGUGCUCCUAAUGCUGCUGUUGAAAGAGACUCCACAAUUGAUCAGCAGGCUGGUGAGAGUGAGCUGAAGAGGAGGGACUUCAGCGCAAGAGAUGCGUUUGAGGGGAGGGAUUUCAUCGCAAGAGGUGAGUUGAUGUUGGAAAACAUCGACAGUCAACAAACUUUGUUUAACAUCGAAGACACUACCACUGCAACUGUCGGACAAUGUAAAGUUUUGAUGUCCGACGCAGUUGGCAGCGUCAGUGUUAUUGAAAACAAAGAAGUUUGCAAUGGGUUCAGAACUAGAGAAUAG